AGCGUGCCGGAGUGCGUGCAGAGCGCAGGUGCUGAUUGAGCGUUUAUCGGCAGCUCUGCAGGUUAGGAGCACCCGGUGACCUUUUCGAUUUCGGCUAACCGGUGAGUUAGAUCCGGAGGUGAACUAGCAAGCCAGGAGGAGGGGAAGAAAGAACAAUGAUGUUAGAAUUAACAGCAUGCAGCAACACAUGCCAGUAGCACCCUUGGAGGGAAGAGUUCGCUGUAAUUAUAUAAAUCUACCUCUGAUUAAUGGGGACAGACUGAGGACAGCUAAGGCUCUAGUGGACAAGGCAAUAAAGGAGAAGAAAGUGUUUUUGGUGCAUGGCCCAUACCCUGUAAUUCGUGCAGCCCUACGUGCAAGAGGAUGGGUGGAGCGCAGACUACCACGCCCCCCAGUCCCACAGACCCAUCGGCAUGGAGAAACAGAGGCCACAGAUGAUGCUGACAGUAGUGAUGGUGAUGACUUAGGAGAGGACGGAGAGAGGGAUGAUCAGGCGGAUGAUAUGUAUGACCUAAUGUCACGGUUGGUUCGCAAUGAGACCCCAUAUUUCUUCUGGACAACGAAAAGGGAUUCCAUCGACUGUCGAUCUUUACGUAAAGAUCAGAUGACCAAUCAUUAUGCAAAGGCGGGAUCUUUCACCACCAAGGUUGGCUUGAGUAUGAGUUUAAGAAAUCUGCAGUGGUUUGAUACAGCAGACCCUGAUACAUUCUUCCCACGAUGCUACAGACUGGGGGCAGAGGAUGAGAAACAUGCUUUUAUUGAGGACUUUAGACGGACUGCAUGCACUAGUUUACUGCUGUAUGUUGUGGAGAGGUAUGGAGGAAAUUCAGAGUGGGAGAAAACAGGAGAGAUGCAUGAUACUAAAUCGCAUGCUUUAAGCAAGCCACAUAAGCAGCAUACUAAUCAGAAGGUUGGAACUUCAUUGAUUGAGAGUGCGUUGCAUGUAUGUAAGGAGUAUCUGAACAGUUUAGAACACUGUGACAUUGACAUCAUUUUGGAAAUCGUCCAUACCCUCUCAGAGCAACAAUGGAAGGUAUUUCUCCAGAAUUACUACUUAGUUAUUCAUGAAGGAGUGAUGAUAGAGGGGUGUGAGAAAUAUGUGGAGGAUUGUAAAUACAUGCUGGCACAGAUGCAUCAAGUUUGCCCUCAGCUGGAGACUGAUGGACUCAGCAACAUCUGGAUCAUUAAACCUGGGGCCAAGUCACGAGGCAGAGGUAUAAUGUGCAUGAACAAGCUGGAUGAGAUGUUGAGUUUAGUAAAGGGAGACCAUGCCUUCAUGAUGGACAGCAAGUGGGUGGUGCAGAAGUACUUGGAGCGUCCUCUGCUUGUGCAUGGCACUAAGUUUGAUGUUCGGCAGUGGUUCCUGGUUACAGACUGGAACCCUCUCACUGUGUGGUUUUACCGUGAGUGCUAUCUCCGUUUUUCAACCCAACCCUACUCCACUCACACAUUGGACAGCUCUGUCCAUCUCUGUAACAACUCUAUCCAGAAGCACUUUCAUCCAAGCCCAGAUCGUGACCCUUCUCUGCCUGCUGAGUGCAUGUGGUCCUGUUCACAGUUCCGCAACUGGUUGGCUGCUUCAGGCCGUGGUGGUCUGUGGGAAGGGGUGGCUGUUCCAGGUAUGCAAAAGGCUGUAAUCCAAACUCUCUUGACUGCACAGGACAACGUUGAGCCUCGCAAAGCCAGUUUUGAGCUCUACGGAGCAGACUUUAUGCUAGGACGUGACCUGCGACCUUGGCUGUUGGAGAUCAAUGCCAGCCCCACCAUGGCCCCCUCCACAGCGGUCACAGCUCGACUCUGCCCUGCUGUACAGGAAGACACAUUGCGGGUGGUGCUGGAUCGGCGCUGUGACCGCAACACUCACACUGGGGGCUUUCAGCUCAUAUACAAACAGGCAGCAGUGGAGGUUCCUCAGUAUGUUGGUGUGAAUCUUCUUGUAGAGGGGACUUCAAUUAGACGUCCUCGAGCCCCUGUUUACAAGCCACUCAGCCAGCCUCAACCUGAACCACUGUCAAAAAUCACCAGUCACAGGUCUUCACUCACAACCAGCCAUUGCACUGCUGGCAAGGAGAAUGAAUUAGAGGGGGUAAAGAAGGCAUGGCCUGCCAUGUCUUCCCGUAAAGCCAUUUUGGAGCAAUCUUUGUCCUUUCACCCUAAGCUGAGGAAACGUCCCCACAGACUAGUCUUACCCUCAUCUUGCUGUGUUCUUCCCAACCCAGCUGAACUUCAUCUCCAAAAGCUUUCAUACCCUCACAACCAACCUGAUCACACACAAACACACAGGACACGCAGCAACCUUCCUUCCCUUUACUGUCCAACCCCCUCACUGGACAUGAUAAGCCUACAACCUGAACAAGGACACACCUCCAUUCACUACCAAAAUGGCAUACAGAAAAAUAUAUCUUAUCCAGUCUUACGCAUACAUCAAUACCUCUCACUAAACCCUAGGUGAGGCUCAGGCACUUUUAAAGAGCACAAAGAACCAAAGACAUCUUGAGGAAACAGGAUCUUCAGUUAUGGUCAAUUAAACAGAAUAAGUAAGUAUUUGUAUGCAUCAGUUUUAUUGUGAGUAUAUCUAUUAGUGGAAUCCCUGCUGAAAAAAAUUAAAUCAGCUAAAAAUAGCUUACACCAGCAGAAGAGCUUAGGCUGGUUCACAUGAGAAACAAGAAAGGGUGCUGCACAUAAUUGUUUUUUUAUUAAGAAAGAGUACUGAUUAUUGGCAGGUUCAUUUUUAAUCCUACUUAACAACCAAAAACACAUCCUUUGUGUAAUGGGUUAAAUGAAACUUGAUUCAUGGUUCCAUCAGGGGAAUGUUGACUUAUAUAUUACAUUGAUAUGGGAAAAUAUUCAAUGGUGCUGUUUGAAAAUCCUUAUGGGAAUUAACUUGUUCUUAUUUGAAGGUAAUUUAAAUGGAUAGCUCAGUACAGGAGUAUUAUGCUUAAUGGUGCUGAUCUUUGAAUGGUCUUGGAACAAUCAGGGUGUUUCCAUGCGAGUUGUUAAUUAAUAAUGGGACUUAUUGGAGACACCUGUUACAUUUUCAUAUUGUAAGAAAUGUAUAUGUAUUUUGUGGUAAGCUAGUAUAUUACAUAUAAUAAGCCAGUUUUAUAUGUAACUCGUGUGCAUGGAUGAUGGUAAACACUUAAUUGUAAUAAUCUUACCACUAGAUGGAGGUAUAGAGGUUUUUCUUUUGAGAUAUAGUAUCUAUCGUUAAAAAGUUUGGGGUCACUUGCCUGAAAUGUUUCUCAUGAUCUUAAAAACCUUUUGAUCUGAAGGCGUACACAAAUAUGAUUGUGCCAACUUGUUAAUUUAUUAAUUUCAAAACUAAAAUUGUAUUAAAAAAUACGUUUUUGAAAUUGAUGUCUUGGACCGAAUUAUUAAGGAAAACACCCAAUAAGUGCCCAGCAUAGAUGGGAACUCCUUCAAUACUGUUUAAAAAGCAUCCCAGUGAGAUUCCUCAAGAAGUUGGUUGAGAAAAUGUCAAGAGUACAUGUCUGCAAAUUCUAGGCAAAGAGUGGCCACUUUGAAAUUCCAUACUUCCAUUUUUAUUAUUGUAAUAUAUAGAAAUGUAAAAAAUAUGUGAAAGUGACCCUAAACUUUUGAA